AUGUACUCCGGAAACCGGAGCAGCGGCAGAGACUACUGGGAGGGCGGCGGGGGCGCAGGCGCCGAGGGACCGGGGCCGAUGGGGACGCUCAGCCCCGCGCCCCUCUUCAGCCCCGGCACCUACGAGCGCCUACCGGGCCUGAUCUGCUCCAUCGGACUGCUGGGUGCUGGCAACAACGUGCUCGUGCUCAUCCUGUACUACAGGUUCCAGCGGCUCCGUACUCCCACCCACCUCUUCCUGGUCAGCAUCAGCUUCAGCGACCUGCUGGUGUCCCUCUUCGGAGUCACCUUUACU